UGCACUUCUGCUCGUCUAGAUCUACUUUGGUUAAUUGGGUCUCACUCUCUGGCGAAAGCCUCACUGACUUUCUGAUUCUCGAGGUGAUCUUCGACUCCCUGAAGCUUCUCUGCUCCGCAUCCAUUUGAGAGAAACCAGCUCUUCACAGAUUCUCGAACUCUAUCCUUUCCAACAUUUGGGAGAGGAUAUUUUCUUUUACGGGAUUUACACACCGUAUUUCUUUAUUCGUUUUGGUUUCUGUAGUGAUCUGGGAUUCCAUAGGAUUUCUUCCUUCAAGUUCUUGAUUCAUUUGAGAUAAUCAUUUGUUUCUAAAGAUCUACAGCGCCUGAGAUGACGACGAAGCCCCACAUUGCGCUGCUCGGUGCCGGAAUCUUUGUUCGAACCCAAUAUAUUCCCAGGCUAAGUGAGAUAGCUGAUAUGGUGGUUGUGAAAGCAAUUUGGAGCCGUAGUGAGGAAUCAGCGAGAGCUGCUGUUGUUCUAGCUCGCAAAAUUUUCCCCGACAUAGAAUGUAAGUGGGGAGAUGAAGGACUUGUUGACAUCAGUCGGGAUAGUUCGAUACUUGGAGUAGCAGUUGUUGUUGCUGGACAAACUCAGGUGGACAUAUCAUUGAGAAUGCUAAAGGCUGGGAAGCAUGUCCUCCAAGAGAAACCAGCUGCAUCCUCUAUUAAUGAGGCAGAGGCUGCAAUCUCCGGUUACAAUUCCCUUUUUACCAAUUCCCCUCAUCGACCAAUUUGGGCUGUUGCAGAAAACUAUCGGUUUGAACCAGCUUUCGUGGAGGGUAAGAAACUUAUAAAUGACGUUGGUGAAAUGAUGAGCGUCCAACUCAUUGUUGAAGGAUCAAUGAACAGUUCAAAUCCUUACUUCUCAAGCUCUUGGAGGCGCAACUUCAUAGGAGGCUUCAUUGUAGAUAUGGGAGUACACUUCAUAGCAGGAUUGAGGAUGGUUGUUGGGUGUGAAGUAGCCUCGGUGUCUGCUAUUACAUCUCAUGUGGAUAUGACUUUGCCUCCACCAGAUAAUAUAUGCUCCCUUUUUCAAUUGGAGAAUGGUUGUGCUGGAGUGUUUGUAAUGGCGGUAUCGUCAAGAUCACCCAAAAUAUUCUGGCGAAUCGUUGGCUCUAAGGGUACACUACAAAUUGACCGUGGUAGCAAAGAUGGGAAACACGGUUACUCGGUUUCACUGUAUACAGCAGAUGGACAUUGCCAAAAUUCCUUUCACACAUUUUCUGGGGUGACAGAAGAGUUAAAGGCUUUCAUACACGACAUUUCGCAGGCUCCCCUUAAGGAAGGAGGCAACUAUGAAGCUGAACCUCGUAGUUCUUUUGUUGAAGGUGCUCAAGAUGUUGCCGUUUUAGAGGCAAUGCUUGAAUCCGGUAUGAAGCAGGGAGCACAGGUGAAUGUGAAGAAAUUCUAGGCUUCUAGCUGACUGCAGGCCAGAUGCUACUUUAAGCAACACAUAAAACAUUAAGACAGGGUUGACCAAAUUCAAAUUACAGAGAGCUAUUGGAUAUUCAUUCCUUUUAGGUUGAGGCAUAAUCCAAGAUAGUUGCCAACCCCAAGAAACAGGAUGCAGGACCAGUCUGGUAAAGCAGAAGCUACAAGUAUCUGGUUUUACAAUGUACUGACCUGAUGCUGGACACCCUUCAAAAGGUGAGUGGUAUAGCAUGAAGGUAUCCAUAAGAUGGGAAUUUAGAUUAUUCAGAGUUGAUGUGUUAAGAAUUAAGAUGGACCAUCAUCUCCGUUGUUAGACUAAUAUUGUCAGUUUGGAGACAAUUGUUUAUCACUUGCCUGUUGCAUCUUGUCUUUUGUUUCCUGUGUUAUAAUAAGAAAGAGAAAAUGGUCUCAUCCUGGUUAA